AUGCCAGGAUUGUGCUAUACAUUGGCCCUUAUUGUGUACAAUAUAUGGUAUUGGUACGAUCAAUACGUAUUCAAUUUCUAUUAUCACGAAUCAGAAUCCGAUUAUUUUUAUCAUCUACGUGGAAUUUGGGAAGAAAUUGCAAGACUUGCAUUUGUUAUGUUCCUACUUCAAAUUGCAACAAUUUUAAUAGCAUUUAAUAUCGAAUAUGCCAGAUUUUUGAAAUACUUCAAUUACAUUUUCUUCUUUAUCUAUUUGGCACGAUUAGUUGCAUGCUUUGUUUACGCAAUUGGUGAAAAUAUAAAAGUUGGACGAAAUAAUCCAUUCUUUAGGGACUAUGGCUUAGUUUAUGAACUAUUGUAUGGUUCAUUAUAUUUAUAUUCAUUAAUUCUUCUCAAUAUAUGCCUAGUUUUAUCAAACAUCAAAAAAUAUAUUCCGAGGAAGCUUCAUAUUUACAUUUACGUUUCCAUUUUCUUCUUUGUACUUGGUUUAUUUGCUACAUUUGAAGGUGACUCAUUUUAUAACAGUAACUACAUCUGGAAAUAUCAAUAUAUAAAUUUGAGCAAAUUAAAUUACAUCAAACUCGUUAUACAGUUUACUCUGAACUUCUGUUUAGAUAUUCCAAAAUUAGUUAUCAUGUGGAUUUUGUCAACAAAUGAUUUUGAAGACGAUGAAACUGCAUCAUCAAUGGUAACUGAUAUUGGCUUAAUUAGUUGA